AAAUAUCGAUAGUCAUUCCUCGAUUAUUGUUUUAAAAUCUAAUGUCGCAUACUUUAGAGGUUAUGUAGAAUUUAGUUGUUUCAAACAAUAUUUGAAUUUAAAAACAGUAAAUAGGUCAAAAGAUUGUUACACUCAUCAUAAAUAAUGUUUUCAACAAAGAUCGCUUCAUUCAGGAAGUUUAGCACGUGUUCUGUAGAUUAUGGAAAGAGAAACUUUAGGAAAUUUCUUCUUCAUAAUAGAGGACCUCAAAGUCAUAAAGAAAGACAAAAAACAAAUCCUCUUCCUGAUAUGUUACCUUAUCAUUAUGGCGUUAAGAAGCCAGGCUACAUGGAAGGAGAUAAAUUCGUUGAAGUCCCUGAGAUGAUUCCUGACAUAAUUGUGCCAGAUCUGACUGAUUGCGAAUUGAAGCCGUACGUGUCCUACCGGGUGUCGGCCAUUGAGCAGCCGGAGUGGACGCCGCGAGACCUGUUCAAUGCCGUCUACAGGUCGAAAAUCGAGAACGACUUCAACACAGGCAAGCUGAACGCAGACGGCAGUCCAGUUGAGCCCAGUGCCGAGGAGAGGCUCACCGCUGAGGAGGCGCGCAUCAAAGCCAGGCAGACCGGCUGCGACAUCUAUUCACCUAAAACUAACACUCAAUUGGAGGAGAGGUUCGAUGAUUAUUUGAAAUAGGUUCUUAGUUCGUUGUUUCAACAAGAUAAAUUGAAUAUUAUAAUAUUUGCCUGCCCAAUUACCAAAAGCUGGAUAUCCAACUGAAGGAAAGGUGUGAUGAUUGUUUGGAGUAUGUUUUUAAUUAGUUGGUAUUGUCUCAGUGGCUUGCAUUUGUUGUUCAAUUGUAUGUAUUUAGCAAAUAAAAUUAGUAUUUGUUAA